AUGACGAAGCUCCUGGAUUGGCCCUCGAAGCCUGCACAGAUUGAGCUGGUGGAUGUGAUUGGCAUUGAUGAAGCUCAAUUCUUUGAUGACCUUUAUGAUUUCUGCUGCAAGGCUGCUGAUUGUGAUGGGAAAAUUGUUAUAGUUGCUGGCCUGGAUGGGGAUUACUUGAGAAGGACCUUUGGCUCAGUUGUUGACAUAAUACCCCUUGCGGAUUCCAUAACCAAACUGACAGCUCGGUGCGAGCUUUGUGGCAAGCGGGUUUUUUUUACCUUAAGGAAGACUAAUGAGACAAAGACUGAGCUAAUUGGUGGUUCUGAUGUCUAUAUGCCUGUCUGCCGCCAGCACUAUGUCAAUGGGCAGGUUGUCAUCGAAUCAGCACGGGAUACUCUGGAAUCUUGUAGUAAAGCACAAACGGACUCUUAUCAGGAGGAAGUUGCAGUUGCUUAGAAACAUAUCUAGCUUAUUCACAGCCUAAUAGUUUUUUGGGCUAUUUGUAUUUUAGUCAAGGUGUUUGCAUAACAUCUUGAAUUUGGAAUUUGCAAUGUUUCUAUGGUACCUUCUCAUAUGUAUAUAUAGAAAGUUUAUUUUAUAUUGUAUCAAUAUUUAGCACUUGAGUACUUCUAGUUUGUGUUUUAAA